AUCUCUAAUUUUCCUUGUUCCCUCUGUAACUAAAUAGUCUUGUGUUAGACAUGCUGUGUCUGUCUCCUGAGAGCUAUCAAGUACAUGAGGAGCUACCUGAGAACAAGGACUAUGGUAUAUUUAUCAUUUUGAAUAGCUUAUAGCAGCUAAGCACUAGGAUGUAUAUAGGAGGUGUCUGCUCAUACUAUUUGUGGCAUUAUCUUUAAUCUUCGAAUAUUGUAGUAAGACUUAUUGGACCCAAUGAACCAUUGCUUCGGGAAGAGGAUGGAACACCAACUGUGGACUUUCCAGUGGGCUACACUGUAUUUGACAGCUGCCUUGGGGGCCUGCAGUGGUGUUCUGGGGACUCAGGUCACUAGGGGUAGGCAUAACUGAUGUUAAAUUUUAUUUUCAAAGAAUCAGUUGAUAAAAUAAUUUUUUAAAUUGUUUUCCCUAAAAAUGGAGCCAUUUGUUAUUUCCUAGGAGCAUGUGUACGGGAUCCAGGAGGUGAUGAGUGGAGGUCCUCCGAGCAUGGCCAGUGCUUAGGCCCCACCUCCUGAAGGUUUCACCAUGCCCCAGUAGCACCACAAACGGGACACCAAGCCUUCAGCAGGAUACUUGCGGAGAGCUACAAUGGAAAAGUCCUGGAUGCUGUGGAACUUCAUUGAAAGGUGGCUAGUAGCUGUGGCUUCCUGGUCUUGGGCGCUCUGCCGCAUCUCUCUUUUACCUUUAAUUGUGACUUUUCAUCUGUAUGGAGGCGUUAUCUUGCUUUUGUUAAUAUGCAUAUCGAUAGCAGGCAUUCUGUACAAAUUCCAGGAUGUUUUGCUUUACUUUCCAGAGCAGCCAUCGUCUUCACGCCUUUAUGUCCCCAUGCCCACUGGCAUUCCACAUGAAAAUGUCUUCAUCAGAACCAAAGAUGGAGUGCGUCUAAAUCUGAUUCUAAUAAGGUACACUGGAGACAACGCACCCUACUCCCCAACUAUAAUUUAUUUUCAUGGGAAUGCAGGCAACAUUGGGCACAGGUUACCAAACGCAUUGCUUAUGUUAGUUAACCUCAAAGUUAAUCUUUUGCUUGUUGAUUAUCGAGGCUAUGGGAAAAGUGAAGGAGAAGCAAGUGAAGAAGGACUGUAUUUAGACUCUGAAGCUGUGCUAGACUAUGUGAUGACUAGACCUGACCUUGACAAGACAAAAAUUUUUCUUUUUGGCCGUUCCUUGGGAGGAGCAGUGGCUAUUCAUUUGGCUUCUGAAAAUUCUCAUAGGAUUUCAGCCAUCAUGGUGGAGAACACAUUUCUGAGCAUACCACAUAUGGCCAGCACUUUAUUUUCAUUCUUUCCAGUGCGCCACCUUCCUUUAUGGUGCUACAAAAAUAAGUUUUUGUCCUACAGAAAAAUCUCUCAGUGCAGAAUGCCUUCUCUUUUCAUCUCUGGACUCUCUGACCAGUUAAUCCCACCAGUAAUGAUGAAGCAACUCUAUGAGCUCUCCCCUUCUCGGACUAAGAGAUUAGCCAUUUUUCCAGAUGGAACUCAUAACGACACCUGGCAGUGCCAAGGUUAUUUCACUGCACUGGAGCAGUUCAUCAAAGAAGUAAUAAAGAGUCAUUCUCCUGAAGAAAUGACAAAAACUACAUCUAAUGUAACAAUUAUAUGAUGUUCCCCAUUUUGGAUUAAUGCAUUGUAUUUUAAUUUGUGUAGAAUGAUAAAGAAUGUUCCUUUUAGAAGUGUGUUAUGUCUGUACUUGUCUGAAGAGUGACAUUAAGCAUUGAGAGGACUGCACCACUCCUUUGUGAUCACCCAAAUCGCUUUUAUGUUCCAAGAACUGUAGCUCUUUGAUUACUUCAUACUUUUUCAUCAGAACUUUCAAUGUUGCUAUGUAUCCACAACUUUACUUUACUAUGUCAAUCAAUAUAAUAGAAAUUAUUCAGGAGUUUCUUGUUGCUUAAGUGGUGUAUUCUGUGUUACACUUGAGGUCCGGGAGGAGGUAAGUGAACAAGAAACCUUGGGAUGUUACUCCUUUAGUAAAUACUGGGACAAUCAUGGUAAGAAACUUAGUUCUGUAACUGCAUUUUUCAACUUAAAAUGAAGUGCAUGAUGGUGUUUUACUCCUUGACUUAUGCAAUGCGAUGUUUCUGAUGUAAAUAACACUGAACAUAUACCAAUGUAUAUGGUACCUGGGUUAUAUAGCUAUUUUUAUGUAAACUCUAUUUUGUUUUGGGCAAGAAGUGAAAGCGAAGCCUGUGUUCAGGUCAUCAUUGGAUUUUGCUCUGAUGAGUGCUGAGAACCAGCUUUUUCUUAAAAAUAAAUGGGACCCUGAUUUCCAA